AUGGCUCCCGUUCAACUCGCAGAGAAAGAUUUCGCUAAGGAUAAGGAGUUCGCCAAGGCCAUGCAUGGCGAGUCUUACAAGAAGACUGGUAUUUCUGCUCUCAUGGCUAAGGCCAAAGAUGCUUCGGAUGUGGCCACGGAAGGUUAUUUCAAGCACUGGGACGGAGGUGUGACCAAGGAGGAUGAGGACAAGAGAUUGGGGGAUUACUCCAAGUUGACUGCACACUAUUACAACUUGGUCACUGACUUCUACGAAUACGGAUGGGGUUCUUCUUUCCAUUUCUCUCGUUACUACAAGGGAGAAGCCUUCAGACAGGCCACUGCUAGACACGAGCACUUCUUGGCACACAAGAUGAACAUUAACGAGAACAUGAAGGUUUUGGAUGUCGGAUGUGGAGUUGGUGGUCCAGCCAGAGAGAUCUGCAGAUUCACCGAUUGUACUAUUGUUGGAUUGAACAACAACGACUACCAGAUCGAGAGAGCUAACCACUACGCUCAAAAGUACAAGUUGGACCACAAACUCUCGUUUGUCAAGGGUGACUUCAUGCAGAUGGACUUCGAGCCUGAGUCGUUCGAUGCCGUCUACGCUAUUGAAGCUACUGUUCAUGCUCCAGUUUUGGAGGGUGUGUACUCUGAGAUCUACAAAGUUUUGAAGCCUGGAGGAGUUUUUGGUGUUUACGAGUGGGUGAUGACUGACAAGUACGACGAGACUAACGAGGAGCACCGUAAGAUCGCCUACGGUAUCGAGGUGGGAGACGGUAUUCCAAAGAUGUACAAAAGAGAGGUUGCCGAGCAGGCAUUGAAGAACGUCGGCUUCGAGGUCGAGUACCAGAGAGAUAUGGCUGACGUGGAUGACGAGAUUCCAUGGUACUACCCAUUGGCUGGAGACUUGAAGUACUGCCAGUCGCUCUCUGACUACUUCACUGUGUUUAGAACCUCUCGUUAUGGUAGAGCAAUCACCACUGAGUUGGUUGGCUUGAUGGAGAAGAUCGGUUUUGCUCCUAAGGGUUCCAAGCAGGUCACUGGAGCCUUGGAGGAUGCAGCCAUCAACUUGGUUGAUGGGGGUAAGCAGAAGUUGUUCACUCCAAUGAUGUUGUACAUUGUGAGAAAGCCAUUGGAUGCUAAGAAUUAA